CAUUUGACAUCCCUCUGCUUCCUCAUUUCAAUAUUAACUGUUUACCAGAAGAGAAACAGGUUUGGGGCUAGGGGUUUUUUUUUUUUCGGUUAGUGAGUUUUUUUUCUCUUCACAGUAGCAGAUGGAGCUUCCUCAAACUGCCCAGUGCUGUUUUUUAUUUUAAGAGAGACAGGACUAUAGAAGUGUUUCACUUUCUGCUCUAGCUGGUGUAUUGCAACAGCAGCAAAGCCGAGUGCCGCUGCUACUCUGCAAACCUGUUAAAGGAUUUUCCCCCCCCCUCGAUAAAUCAAUAGGCAUGACACAGCUGCAGUUCAAAGAUGCAUUUUGGUGCAAGGAAUUCACUGUCCACUCUGGCUAUGAGGUUCUUCUCCAGCGAAUGUUGGAUGGGAGAAAGAUGGCAAAAGAUGUGGAGGACUUGCUCAAACAGAGGGCACAAGCAGAAGAGAGAUAUGGGAAAGAGCUGGUUCAAAUUGCUCGAAAAGCAGGAGGACAAACCGAAAUCAACACUCUGAAGGCAGCAUUCGAGGUCCUAAAGCAACAAAUUGAAAAUGUUGGAAACUCUCAUAUCCAGCUGGCAUUGAUGCUGAAGGAUGAACUGAAAGGAAUAGAGGAGUUCAGAGAAAGACAGAAGGAGCAACGAAAAAAGUACGAGUCUGCAAUGGAUCGUGCGCAAAAGAGCAAGGUGUCCCUUUAUAAGAAAACUAUGGAGUCAAAGAAGACCUACGAGCAGAAGUGCAGGGAUGCAGAUGAGGCUGAGCAGGCCUUCGAGAGGAUAAGCGCUUCAGGCAACCAAAAGCAAACAGAAAAGAGUCAGAACAAAGCCAAGCAAUGCAAAGACACAGCAAAUGAAGCAGAAAGGGUAUACAAGCAGUAUAUAGAACAGCUGGAUAAGGCCAGAAUAGAGUGGGAGAAGGAACAUAUCAGCACCUGUGAGGCCUUUCAGCUCCAGGAAUGUGAUCGUAUCACCAUCCUCCGUAACUCCCUUUGGGUUCACUGUAACCAGCUGUCCAUGCAGUGUGUGAAGGAUGAUGAGAUGUAUGAAGAGGUUCGAGUGAGCUUGGAGAACUGUAACAUAGAAUCAGACAUGGAUUACUUCAUUAAGAAUAAAAUGACAGGAACAGAUCCACCAGUUCCAAUAGGAUAUGAGAAUUAUUAUGCCAGAGAAUCUCCUAGAUGUAGUAACAGCCCAAUCCAGUCUUGUGGGAUGAUGAAAAGAUUCUCCGGAUUAUUACAUGGAAGUAGCAGAAACUCCAGUGAAACCAUCAUUCCCACAGCCCCUCCAAUAGACGAGAAAGUGGAUGGAGUCUACGCCGCUAUUAAUGUGGGUGAACAAGCAGCAACCACACCAUCCCAGGACUACAGAGUGCUCUACGACUAUACAGCCCAGAACACCGAUGAACUGGACAUCAGUGCAGGAGACAUCAUAACAAUCAUCGCAGAAGGCGAGGAUGGCUGGUGGACAGCAGAAAGGAAUGGUCAACAAGGAUUUGUACCAGGGUCUUACCUCGAAAAGCUUUUACAAAAAGAUACAUCUGCUUUAAGACCUUAAAAAUACCUUAUUCUCUAAAAUGGCACACAUAAUCAGCCAGUGUUGACCAAGAGGAGGCCAUAUCAUUGUCUUCUACAAAUUGUCCAUGCCUUUUUCUUCAGGCCUCCCUCCCCACAUUGGAGUCUUCCCAGAGACACUACAGGUGUUCCCCUCUUACAAAGGCUUUUAUCCCUUUGACUGUUCCAUCAACAUUGCAUUGAAUACAUUCCCUCAGCACCUCAAAGUUAUGACAAGUAUGGAAAAAACAAAUUUCUCUGCACACAAAAAAAAAAUUGCUUACAAAAAUGGAAGAUAAGAAGUGUCCCUCAGUAAAUCUGUAUCACCUCCUGACAGGCUUGAAGACACUCUUGUGCUAACAGUCAUAUUCUCUACCAAUUAAUUAUCUUUCUUUAUCUGCAUAAGUAGCAUAGGCAUCUUUGACAGUGGUGUGGGUAUGCUGUGCUCAGGAUGAAGACAUACCAGGGUCUAAGCUAUACGACGAGUCAGAAGUUCAUGUAGUCCCUCUCCCCAUCCCCAAAUGCAUGAAUGGGAGAAAUGGGUAAGGAUUCCCCACCUAUUUUAUCAUCAGAGCGACUAGGACAAAUCAUAAAGACGAAACGCUGCUUUAAAGAACAUUAGAAAGGAUUGUGACAUGCAUUGAGCUAAAUAAGAAAGUGUAAGCCCUUCCACCCCACCACCAACUCCUCCUGCUAUAAAACCCCAAGUCCUCUAUUGCUCCAUCCUGGUGUGGAAUCCAAAGGCAAAGAGAUCAGGAUAGAGCCCAAUCCUGAUCUUUGUUGGAAGUUGCCUUUUUUAAUGGCUUGUGUCAUAACCUUAAUAUGAUUUGUCAUGUUUAAAAAUAAGCUAAGUAAAGGCUUUCACUAGAGCUGUAUUACCCAGACUGACCUGUUGUGAACUAAUCAGGGAGCUGCCAAUCUCUUGGUAACCUUACAUGUAAUUGGCCUAUAUGUUACCUGAUUUAAUCUCCACCCUUCCAUCUCCCAGCCUACACGAUUUUCUCCUGACCCCUUUCAGAUGCCCCUCCCCUAUGAUUUCCCAAUUAUCCCGAUAGCCCUCCUGCAGUGUCUGCAUCUCUGAGAUCAUUGUCCUGGGUCUGUCCAGGUUCCUUUUCCCUGCCUCACACUUUAUGAAAGUUCUCAUAAGCAGAGCUGGCUAUUUUGUACACCAUAGAAUAGGAAUGCUGUGGAGAAAUUGGUCUAUCAGGUGACUAGUAUUUAGAAAUACUUCCAAAAUCCACAGUAUUUACCCAAUAGAGACCAUAAGAUUCUCCUUCAGUAAUUAGUGACGCAAUACAAACCUUCAAGGAUUUGCUUGGGGAAAAAUAACUGCUUCCUAGGGACAGAAUGAACUAACUGCCAAAAUUUCAGAUUUUAAAAUCUAAUCAAAAAAAGUCAAUUUAAAGCACAAAUAAUCACCAUUAACAGGUAAAUCUUUUAAGUGAGGAGGCAUUGUGGGUGUGGAGUGAGGAUUUUAAAGCCAGAGAAAAAUCUAUAAGGACUGGUCCAGCAUUUUAGUCAACAGGAUUGUAGCAUGUUAAUGAAUUAGAGUCAAUCCAUAGAAACCCAUAGCAGAUGUUAUUCAGUUUUGUGCUGAGAAACCAAGUAGUGCAGCCCUUUUGGGGAUCCUCUCUUGCAAACACAUUCCUCCUCACUUGUCACCCCUUGCACUUCCCCCUCUGAGGAAGGCUUCUCUACAAUUCAGCCCCCGGCUCCUAGAGCUGGUACACAGUAUGUCUAGAAGUGCCUUGAAUAGGCGCUUACAGUUUCAUUUUAACAUAGAAACCAAAGAGAUGAAGUGAUGGGCUGUUUCCCAGGGCUGGCUGUGCAAAGGCAGAGCAUGAGUGACUAUGACAACUUCUCUGUGGGGCAGGGAUUAUCUUUCUUCUGCUUGUCCCUGGAUCAGGGCUUCUAAGUGCUACCACAGUAUAAAUGGUAACAAUAAAGUGCUCUUUACAGCUUGCCAAUGCCCGGGACAGCCUUGUGUGGCCAGAUCUGAAUUUUAUAACCCAAGAAUCAUGGAGAGCAAUAGGCCACAACUAGGGCCUGUACCGUAUGCCAGUUGACACCUGCAAUGUGGUCAGUCAAACAAUUGUGUGGUAACCAUCUUGAAAUGAAACCUAAAGUAUGAGUGAUUUUAGAUACUUAUCUCCUUUAACAGCAAGUCUUUCAGCCAGAAUUGAUGCAGGCAGACAUUUUGUAGAUGAUUUCAAUUUAAAAAAAAAAAUUUCCUUAAAGAUCUUGUCUGAUCCGUAAAUAAGUAACACAGGUAUUCAGUUAAGACCACAUUCAUCUUAGGGCUCAGAGGGUUUCACCAAGCAUUGGAGCACGCCUCCUGGUUACCACAUUGUCCACAGAAUCUCUUGCUAUGGGUAAGGUAUUACUUGCAUCUCCAAUCAUGAGGUCAUUACCAGUUUUGUGAGGACUGCUAUUCUCAGGCUCUUCUGGCCAUCCCAUAAAAGCAUUUUAUACUUUGCAAUCCCCACCAGUCAUUCCUUGAUUAAGUGACAUAACCCCUUCAGUCUAUAAUGUAGGUAGUUAUAAUCUACCCAUCACUACAGUAUCUGGGCAUUGGGUGCUAAUUUGGGAUAGUUCUGUAGGUGGAAAGGUAAUUGCAAUGGUCUCAUGAUUUAUCUUCCCUUCUUUAGAGAGAAGGGCUUGGUUGAUAGCUGCUUACAAAAAAUAUUUGUAACUAUACAGUUCACCCCAUCAACCUUGGUAGCACGUGUCAGAAAUAGAACACUGAUAAACCAGUCAAAAUACCCCAGCCCCCUGAGCACAUGCAGUUUCUAAGAGUCACCCACAUCUGUAGAAUGGCCAAAAUUCGAGGUGCUGCAUUGGGCUGGAGACAGAGUCUCACUAGAGCUGUGCAGAGCUUUCACAGCAAACCAAACGUACAGCAAAAGGGAUGUUUCACAUUUGGUUGUAAGACGGCAUAGUACCCUAUUUUCAGGGAAGAGAAAGGAAUGGGCCUCAGUAAAAGACACAUUUAAUGUUUUGACCAGUUUAAAAGCUUUUCAGAAAAGAAGUUUGUCCCAAAAGAGGAGCAAGCUGUAUCAAAAAACGAUGUCCCCUCCCCUCAAAAAACCUCUUUGCUUGACAAAAAUAAAAGGGAGAAAAGAAUAAUAAUAAUAAGAAGAAGAAGAAGAAAUUAACAGUGUAUAUAAAAACACACGUUCAUUUAGGCACAAAGUAACACUGACUUUUUCAGUUGGGAAACAGUCAAUGAGUAAGAAAGUGGAGAAAAUCCUAUCUUCUGCUAAUUUAAUUCUCCCCCUCCCCCCAUUUUUUCCAGGUGGAGGGGGAAGUAAAGUAUUUUUUCACACAACUGUUUUCCUAAAAGAAAACUUUAUUUCCCUGAUGGGAAAAUUUCAAAAGGGGAUUGUCCCUGCAAAAAUUCCUGCAGGUAAACUGGCCAUCUUUGUUAAUCAUCACCUUUUCUCUGAUUGUUAAACUUUAAAGCAUCUUGUUUAACUGUUCUGGACUGUAAAAUUUCCGGUUUCACCUGGACAGCAUCACGGUUUAGUAAGCCAGCUCCCACCAACCAGAAAUGCCAAAAUGACAACUAUUGACAAAGCUGUAUAGUUUCAGAGCAAACUUUUGUUUCAUGGGACACUUGCAGAAAGCUGCACAUUUCAUCGUGUAAGCUGUGUGGCUGGGACUGAAUGGAGUUCUCCUUUCACAUGCAUGAAUCUGUUCUCAUAGGUGCAGGCUUAGAAAUACUCAACACUCAUGCUUUUGUCCACAGCUUCGUAAGUGAGAAACUGCCAAUAGCACCACCGCAGCCUGUAGUAUAAUUAAAGGGCAGGUACGCAAUAAAUGUACUGAGCUGAGUUAGACUGUGCUCUGGAGGGUGGGGUUCUGUUUGCACAAUAGACUAUUAUUCAUUUUCUGGCUGGGCAUUCUCACACCUGUAACUAUUAACCAUAGAUAUCCUGACCGGGCCCUAAGAAACCUGCAGGCAUCUCCAAUCCACCCAGCUGACAGUGUCCCAAAGGGAUAGGAAAUACCAGGACACCACAAUACACAGGAGCCCAAUUGUAGCUCCUGGAUUUAGUUGAUUUUUGGUUCUGAAUUUAAGUUUUGGCAAAUAGCCCUAUUUAGGGCACUUCCCCUGACAGCCUGUUGAGUCUCUCCUCUGAGCACUUCCAAGCUAGCCAUGAAGGUGUUGUCUUUACUACAAAGACAAGGUAUAUUCUUCAUUUAAGGUAACUAUCACAUGGUAAAAUCCUAGUGAAAACAAAGCCAGGUGUAGUUUUCAUACAAGUUAGCAGGCAGCAGUAACCUGAAGGUUCCCCCAUACUCUUCAACUUGGGCUUUGUCUUCACUUUGCCAAAAGCAUAUUUACACAACGGGAUCACUGCUGCAUACUAUCUCCAUCACUGUAAAAUCCUACUGGAGACCGGCGACAGUAGUUUUGACAGUGAUGUAGCUAAGCAAGCUCAGUCAUGGGUAGGGAUAUAAUUUUGACCUCUUCCAGCUACCUUGUGGUAAAACAUGCUGUGCCUUGUCUCCAGCAGGAUUUUACAGUGAGAUAACUACAAUGUGACCACACAAUCACUCUGUGUAGAUUUCACAGUGUUUCCAGGAAAAGUCUCUCACUCAAGCUAGGUUAAUUCCUGCAGC